GUCAAACCACAGACAGCAUGACAGCAUGACAGCAGCAUGUGGGAGCCUUAGGAUAUUGAACAGAUUCAUUCAUGCAGCUGAUAUUCUGAUCUAAUCCUACUUCAACCAGUUUCAUCUGCAUCAUAACGAUUCACAGGAUCCGUUUUCUGUUCUUCAUCACACUACCUCUCGUACUUUGUAAGUUUUAAUGGAAAACCACACUAACCCCCCUUAUUUUAACCUCACCAUGUUUAUGAAUAUAGGCAACUACCGCUACCCAGCGUUCGCCCUGUGUUUACUGCUGUGUGCUAUCAUCAUCUCUGCUAAUCUUGUCAUAAUUGUGGUCAUUUCACGUGAGAAGACUUUGCAAGAGCCCAUGUAUAUUUUCAUUAUGUGUCUUUCUAUUAAUUCUCUGUACGGCUCUGCAGGCUUCUUUUUCAGAUUUAUGAGAGACAUCCUGUCUGACAGUCACCUGAUCCCACGGACAGCUUGCUUAAUUCAGGUCUACAUCAUUUACACCUAUGCUUCCUAUGAGCUCACCCUUUUAGGCGUCAUGGCAUAUGAUCGGUAUGUUGCUGUCUGUCAUCCUUUACAUUAUCACACCAAAAUAACCUACAAGGUGGUCUCACUGUUGGUGUCCUUGGCAUGGAUUUAUCCAGCUUUCUCUGUUGCCACCUGUGUUUACAUGUCCUCCAGACUCCCAUUGUGUGGAAACAAGAUACCCAAGGUAUUCUGUGCAAACUGGCCGGUUGUAAAAUUGUCAUGUAUAAAUACCGCCUCAAAUAACCUUGUUGGUAUGAUUGUGUCUGUUACCACUGUUUUUCUGCCCCUGGCUUUUGUCCUGUAUACAUAUUUUAGGAUUAUUCUUGUUUGUAGGAACCGCUCCGCAGAGUUCAAGAGCAAAGUCAUACAGAGCUGUCUGCCUCACAUUGUUACGUUUGUGAAUUAUUCCAUCACUGUGUUCUGUGACGUUGCCCUCAGUAGAUCAAAUCUAGAGGAGCUGAAUCCAUUUCUGGCUGUAAUCUUAUCACUGGAGUUUGUUGUGAUUCCUCCCAUCUUGAAUCCUCUCGUAUACGGCCUGAAGUUACCAGAAAUUAGAAAAGUUAUUUUAAGAACAUUAUCAUGCUCCAAAUCUGAGGACAAAAGUUAA